UAAAAUGUUUCACGUGCAUGAUAUGCCGAAAACAACUGUCGACGGGAGAAGAGCUAUAUAUUAUGGACGAGAAUAAAUUUAUUUGUAAAGAAGAUUAUAUUAGCAGCAAAUGUCAAGGGUCUUCUGAUAUAGAAGACGAAGGAGAACUCGACCAGUUAGAACACACGGCAAACCUUUCGGACCGGGAUUUUAGUAUUGAUGGUGACAACACUACUGAAAUAGACACAAAGGAAAAUGUUUUGUCAAGUAUCACCUUAAAUAACAAUACAAAUAUUGCCAACAAUAACAAUAAUAACAUCAUCAACAACAAGAACGACAUGAACUCCAUCCCUUCAAGUCCAGACCCUCUUAAGGACGAUACCGCUCUGCUUAAGAUUUCAUCAGACUCUAACCAUAGUACACAAAGUUGUGACACAAAUGGAAAUUCUAUUCCUCCGAAUCCUGGACAAACGACGCCAGAUGUUGACGAUAGAUCGUGUGAAGAAUUAGUAGAAGGAAGUGGUAAUUCUAACGCUGGAGCCAAACGGAGAGGACCAAGGACCACGAUAAAAGCAAAACAAUUGGAAGUUUUGAAGUCGGCAUUCAAUGCAACUCCUAAACCUACACGUCACAUCCGGGAACAGCUAGCUCAGGAAACGGGACUCAACAUGAGAGUGAUUCAGGUAUGGUUCCAGAACAGAAGGUCUAAAGAAAGGAGAAUGAAACAAUUAAGUGCUCUAGGUGCUAGACGCCAUUUUUUCCGGAAUCCACGACGCAUGCGCGCACUGCGGACGGGGAUGUCACCGAGUGAACUCGACGAGACAGAAAUGAUGGGAGGCCCCGGUUUCGGAUAUUUUUCAGAUAACGGACAAGACUUUUAUGCUGGUUACCAAGGUUAUGGCGACUUUUUUCCCGGACAAGGAGAGCCAGGAGGCCCUGGGAAUCUCAAUUUCCUACCACCAUCAUCGCGAGGCACACCGCCUCUUAACCUUGACCAGCCUUUACAUCAUAAUGGAAACAUGGUUCCAGAAAGUCAAUUCAUGCCAAGUGAUAUGAUGCCCUCAUCAGGAUCCCCUGAUUCUCUGGUACUCCACAGUCACGAAAGCCCUUUCGGACCCGGGGGUCCGCCAAGGUCCCUUGCUAACUCUUUUACCUCACUGUCUCAUCCUCCACAGGAAAUGACGGAAGCCUGGUGAUGACGUCACAUCCGUUUUGAUAUAUAUACAUGAACAUUUUUUUUACCUUCAACCAACGUCAUUCCAAGAUUGACAAUUUGUGUGUAAAGUGAUUGUUAUCAACAUUAUUUAUAAGUGCACAAGCUGUG